GCCCGGCCGCGCUUAGGCCGCGGCCGGCGGCGGGUGAGAACGGCGUGCGCUGGCGGGGCGAGCGGGCAGUAUGUGGCCGCCGCCUCCCUGGCUGCUGGCGGGGCUGGUGCUGGCGGCGCGCUGCGGAGAGGCCGCGGUGGCUCUGCUCGGCGGCCCCUUCGUCUCCCCGCAGCCCACGGAGACGGCGGGCGGCGCGACGCGGAGCAGCGGCGGGCGGCUGGCGGAGGUGUCGGUGCCGCCGGAGCAGGGCCAGCCCAUGACGCAGCGCGCCCUGUCCGUGCUCGUGCUGGCCAGCGCCGCGCUCAUCGUCUACUUCGUGAUCCGGACUGUGCGGCUCAGAAGACAUAACAGGAAAACAAGAAGAUACGGAGUUUUGGAUACAAACAUAGAAAACAUGGAGCUGACACCACUAGAGCAAGAUGAUGAUGAUGAUACAACACUAUUUGAUGCCAAUCAUCCUCGAAGAUAAGUACGUGCCUUGCAAUGAAAGAACUUACUUCUUGGACCAGAUGAGACCGCUUCACAGGAGGAAUAAGAAGCAAGAAGGUGUGCAAGAUGGGGAGAGGCUAAUUUAAACUUAGCAUACUGCAGCAUCCUUAGUUUGUUCCAUAAAUACUAUAUCAAUUUGUUCUACCUUCCUGUAUAUAGAGAAUUGUAAAGCCUGAAGAGAGAGGGUGCACUAAAAUGAAAACCUAUUUGGAAGGGAGAUUACUUUUAAAACAGGGUAUUUUUUGUUUGUUCUAAAUCUUGUAUGCCGUAAGUGUGGUAUACAAUUUUUCUACAACGAUCUGGAAUGUUAACAGGUUUUUGGCUGAUAUUAAAUUAUAAGUAAACUUAACCACUGUAGUUUACUCAGAAUUGUUUUAACUCGGUUUUAACUGAGGAGAUGCUUUACCCUUUGCAAAUAAAAAGCCAAACUACUGCCUUUCAUGUUGAAAUUUUUUUAAAAACUAAUAAAUGUUGUGUGUAAGUUUAAGUGAAAAAAUAAACCUGUUUACAAUGUUUCUA